UGUUGUUGUUUUUUUUGGUAUUGAAAAAAAAAAUUUUUUUUCACGUGUAUUCGUGUGAAGACAUUAAAUUUGUAAAAAAAAGUGAAUAACUUGUUGAUUCAUCAUCAACGAAUUUUUUUUUUUUGAUUAUAAUGGCUACAAAUACACAUUUACCAUAUCUACAAACAACAAUCAAUCCAUCGAUCAUGUAUGAUGAUAAUAUUGUUGGCAAUGAUUUUAUGGGCAAUACCCUUAAUACACCGGAUAUUGUUGAUAUGUUGGAUUCAUUUCAUCCAACAUUUCAAUCAGAAAAAACAUAUAAUAAUGAUCAUCAAAUAUUUACCGAUGUUUAUGCUCAACAAAUAGAUGGUAGUACAGUAGCAGUAGCACCAUCAUCAACAUCAACAACAACAGCAGCAGCAGCAGCAGCAAUGUUGACCAAUAUAAAUCCAAUGAUUAUUAAUUCAUCAUCAUACUCAUCAUCAUCAUCAUCAUUAUUAUAUAACUAUGUUGAUUCACCACAACAACAACAACAACAACAAAAUUAUUAUGAACGUAAAUCCUAUUCACCAUUAUUAGAAAGUUCAGAAAUAAAUCUAGAAAAUAUGAGUUCACCAGAAAUGGCACCAGUAUCACCGAAUAAAGUAUGUCCACAAUCGGAUUAUAAUUAUCCUCAACCACCACCACCACCACCACCGCUACAACAGCAACAACAACAACAACAACAACAAUAUUCAGAUUCAUCAAAUAGUAGCAAUAAUAGCAAUAAUAAUAAUAUUCAAUCAAUGGCCUAUCAGAAUCUAGAAAGUGCUCAACCAAUUAUUAAAGAUGAAUUUGAUGAAAUGUCAUCAUUGGUCGAUUAUUUAAGUGAUCAAUCACAAUCGGCAACAACAACGGCGACUACGGCGACUACUAACAUGAAUCCAACAAUACAACAACAAACAUCAUAUUAUCCAAAUCCAAAUUCACCAGCCGGUUCGAUCUCAUCAAAUUAUUCAUUAGAUUCAUGUAAUUCACAGACAAAAACAUUUGCAACAUUGGAUAAUGUUACGAAUAUUAAACAAGAACCAAUCGAUAGUUCAACAAUAUUAAUACAACAGCCACAACAACGACAACAACAACAACAACAAUAUCAAUCAAUUGUACCAACAGUUGUUAAUGAAACAAUUGUUUCGGAAACAUUUGUACCUAGUGGCCAUAAUCAUCAUCAUCAUCAUCAACAUCAUGUUGAUCAAAAUACAACCACAGAUCUACAAUCGAAUCAAAUUAUUUAUAAUCUAACACCUGUAACUAGUAAUAAUAAUGGAUCGACAACAGCGACAUCGACAACCAAUUAUUAUUAUAUGUCACCAGUUUCAUUACCGACAGCAAACAAUACAAAUUCAAUUAAUUCUCAUACUAAUCAUUUAACGGCGCCAUCAACUAGUAAUCAAAUGCAACAACAACAACAACAUCAGCAUCAUGGACGUAAAAGAACAGCCAAUUUCAAUGGUGUAUCGCAUCCAUCAACAUCAACAAAUGGAACAAAAAAACAACGAAUGUCUAAACGUGAAAAACAAAAACUAAUGGAAUCAUAUAUUGAACAAUAUGAACGUGAAAAUAAACAAUUAGCCGGACAGAUUGAAUUGUUUGAAAAGCAGAUAAAUUUUUGUAAAAAAUAUUUAAGUGAAAAUGUUGCACCAUAUAUACAGAAACAGCAACAACAGCAGCAGCCAAUACAUCAACAAUUGCAAAGUUUUAUUGGAUUAGCAUAAAAAAAGGAUUAAUGCACAUUUUAUGUUUCCCACACACACACACAAAGAACACCUUUUUGAAAUCAAUGGUCUCGUUACCUUCUAAUCACAACACACACACACACACACACACACACACACACACAAAUUAUGACAAAAAUUCAGGAAAAAAACAUAUACUCAAUCAAUCUUACAUAUACAAACGACAAACAAACAACAAAAAAAUUAUCGACACACUUUCAUAUAUUUUUUUUUGUAAAUGUACAAAUCAUUUUCUCAUAGAUUCUGAUUCGGAAACAGAAUUUUUUGUUGUUGUUGUUGUUGUUAUUUUUGUUUUGUUUUGUUUUGUUUCACCCAACAACAAUCUUAUGAAAUGCCCAAUAUUAUUAUUCAUUAUUCUCAUUACACUUUGCUUUAUUUAUUAUCA